AUGUACACCUACACCCAGGCCAAGGCUCCAUACGAUGCACACCUACAUCAAGGUUAUCAACACUCCUAUCAGAUGGGCGUCCAAGACCGUGAUUUUACCAACAAGAUGGAGACGAAAUUCUUUGAUGGAUCGAUUGGUCCUUUGAUAGAUCGAUCGAUUGUGAUGGCUGAGGUAGAGGCGAGCAAGGCCAAAUCUGCGAACUUUGCUGAGAUUGCUGAAAGGUGGAAAGCCGAACUGCUGCAACUUCGUUCUGACUUCAAUGAAGUCUUCAAUGGUUUUUUUGGGCUGAAAGUUACUCAGCCGAAGUCGCUUUCUGCAACUUCUACCACAAGUGUUGCUGUUGAAUCGGUUCCCGAGAAAGAAGUGGUCGCUGAGGAGCCAAAGAAGCUUGAUUUCCCUGGAAUUGAUCUGAAAACAUGGGAGGCGACCGAG